AUGCCCUCCAACAGGCGUCCCUCAUUGCCGACGCUACAUUUCCAAACGACGAGCUCAACGACGGCAGGGUCGCACUCUACACAAGACGCCCAUUCCGUUACAAACGCCGCUCUAUUGAGUAAUGAUGAUCUAUAUUCUAGCCUGUCUACCUUCACAUUCGGCUCUGCGUCUCCCGAUCACCCUGAUUUCCCAGAAAAUAUUAGCCCAUUCGCUUGUGGUAGUGGUUCCAGCAGCGCACACCGCACACCUCGCCCCUCCGUCACUAGUCUUAGCUCGGGUACUAAUCAGAAUUCCCUCAUCGCCUCGCGCGCUCGCUCACUGCGCACGCGUGCCAGAGACAUGGAUGAAGAGGGCACGCGCGCUGACGAUGAAUCCGACGCAGAGGCAGAGCAACAUUCGCGUGCCAAAAUGCGGGCGAUGAAUGACGGUACACGCAGGCCUUCCCUCCCCAUAAACGCUUAUUCCUCAGCCAGAGCGACCUCCACAUCGAGUUCACCAUCGCCACCCGCACCUGCUACUGUGAAGGACGAAUCCAAGCGGCCAUCUGAACGUGCGGACAGCGAGGACAAUGUUGUUGAACACGAGCAUACCGAAGCGGAGUCGGAGUCCGGAACUACUUGCGGCGAGGGCGAGGGGGAGAGCGGGGACUUCGACACUGAUGUCGAGUUCGACUUCCAUCAUCAUUCCGGUUCUCCUGCAGCUCAUGAUGUGGAGAUGUUAGAGGCUACAUCGCGGAGCAUGUUCGACGAUUCUCGUCAAUUUGCAUACGAUAUCCAUGAUCCGAUGCAUACGGAUGGCCGCAUGCACAUUGACCAAGUCAGCGGCGCCCACGAUGCAGAGCAAGGGCAUUUGGGUGUCCCGAUCGAUCCGGAGGAGUACGCCACUAGGUCAAGAACGCGGGAGGAUAGUAUAGCAACUCUGACUGCUGGUCAGGGACAAACCCUGUCGCGAGAGGAAGUCAGCCCGACGGUCCCUCUAGACGCUAGUGCGUUGGAGCAGGCAGAUCCACAAGCAGUGGAUAUGCACUUACAGUUCCAGCAAGAGCGCGAAGACGAGCAUAAGGAUCAGCGUGGACUACAGCACCAGUCCAACGCAUAUGAAGGUUUGGAUCUUGCCUACAUCUUCGGCGAGCGCAGCGUCGAUCCGGGACGCCGCCAGUCAUGGCAGUCAAAUGCCCCAUCGUGGAUGCAAAUCGAUCCCAGUGCGCCUCCGCAGCCCCUAAUAAACCCGGAGGGGUUUGAAACGUUCGAUUAUCCAGGUUGGGGCACAGCCGUGACUGGGCCAUCCGGGCGACGACCGAGCACUGUGACGGUGGGAAGCGUCGGCGAAGACGCAUUCACCCGCCACCUGCAGCGCUAUGACCCAGUAUCAAGCGAGCGUGCUUUGCAAUGGAGUUUCAGGAGAGAGGCGUUAGAUGGUGUAACUAUAGACGCGCGCGCUAAUACGCGACGAGCUCAUGGCGCGGACGCUGCUGGGGCGCGAGCCACGAUACCUGGUGCACAAGAGACCUGGAGGCAGGCCCAUGUCGGGCGUUUCAGAGUGGACAGGCACAUGGUGAAACCAGAAGAUCCGAUGAAGCCUUCGUCCCAGCGAAUCGUCGUGCGGCAUAUUGUUGACCCACUAUCAUAUGGCAACACUCACGGUGGUCCGGUGUCCGUCGUGCACAAACACUCGCGAGCAAUAGCGUUUUCCAUCUUCCGCAAAUAUGAUCUCUUCCGCCAGACACGUCAAGGGCACACGUCUAUGCCGACUAGCUCAAGCAUACUCCUCGCAACGAAACGUGUCCAGGAACAAUAUACCAGUACCCGUACCACGAAUCAGCUCAAAGAGCACGGUUUGCUGAGGGACGGAGAUAGCCGGACUCGUGCUCACGGUGGAAGCGGCAAUGCGUCAGCGAGCGAGAGCGGACCGUCCGGAAGAACCGUUGUACGUAGCGCUUCAGCAGGGGCCAAGGCUCGAGAGAGACCCAAUGCGAACUCUAAAGGCAAAGGCAAGGAGCCUAGGUCGGAUCCGCCGUCGCAUACAUCUAGCGCAGACAGCAUGACAAGUCGCUCUACAGCGAACGAACAGGCGUCGUUAAUCUUCGCCAGGACUUACGCAUCCUCUUCGUCUUCGGAUCCUUCCGUACCAAUCAUCCCGACAGUGGCAGAUGCGCAUGAUGCUUAUUUAUCCUCAGGAUAUACUGCAGCAGUACGACAUUCGGUAGAUGUCACUUCCAAGUAUGGCUCGCCCCCGCCUACAGCCUCCUCUUCAUCCAGUCGUUCUCCCACACAUGUCGAUUCUAUGGCGAUCGAUGAUUACGAGGAGCGAAUGCCCCCGCGCACAUCUCAUGCAGAAGCGUUUGCGACCAUAUUCGAUCAGAGUAGCAUUGAGUACUUCCGUGGAGGGUCGGACCAGCGUUCCUCGGAGCACGAUCUGUCACAUUCCAGGAGCAUCACGGAACGCCUGCGACGAAGGUUGCUGGGCCAAAACUUCCGGCCUUCACAAGGCCCACCAUCAGCUGCGUUAGAAGGUCGAUAUACUCCGCCAUGGUUGACGAUGGCUCCGCGAUCGAGGGUCGAGGAACGAGAUCGGGUAAUACAAAAUCUUAAUGAGUCCUUCAAGGAUGUCGGUUUGCUGCCAUCAUUCAAGACCAAGGGCAUGAAGCCCAGGCACCAUCGUCCAAAUGAGACUGUGAACAUCUUCUCACACGUCCCCGCGGAUUCUCUUCACAUGCUUCUGCCAUUGUGGCCCGGCGAAACCGAUUCGGCGUCCGUAGUUCUUAACGAAGAUUCCUCUUCGUACAGUGUUCCGGUCGAGGAACGGCAGUACCUUCUAGUUUAUUAUGUGCCAUUCGACGAACGUAAGGAGAAGAGCAAAAAACAAGACAGCAAGAAGCGUUCAAGAUCAGGUUCGCACGUGGCUAUGGCUUCUUCGGGCUCUGGAGCUUCCAAAACGAUCCUCCUCACCUCGUUCUCCGUCCGUGCCAGGCUGAUUUCGUAUCAGGACCUGUUAGGUACUGGCGUUAGGCUCCCAAUUGAAGGGCUUUCCGUUGCUGGCUCUAUGGCGGAGGCGAUGCGGUUACUUCCAUCCAAUGCUAUCCGUGAGACGCGACUGGAGACGCCAUGGGCCAUCAUCGGAAUCUGCAACAGCCGAAACAAGGGCGUGGAGUUUCUCCCGGAAGGCCUGGCAAAGGUUGGUCUCGCUAUUGCGUUGCCAUCUCCUAGCCCGGAGCCCGUGCAGAUGUCCUCUGAGGCCGAGGAGCCAGAGAUAAACUGGGAGCUCACACCUAUCGGGAGAGCUGCAGUGGAGAUGGCAUGGUUGGGGUGCCUUGCGAUGACCAGUUUCGGCCCGGAGUCCCCUACUAAUAAGUAA